CAGAACAAAUUCCUGUUCAAAUGCAAAUUGUUGCUUGAAGGGUCUCCUUAAUCCUGAUAAUGGGCCGAGGACGACUUUUUGACUUUCCACUCGUGCCACUGCUUCAUGGUUACAUGGCAAUCAGGAACUGCACUAAGGCUGAGAGUGGUUUUCAACUACAGAAAGGUGCUUUCUGACAUCCAUAAUCAAUGGGGGAGUGGGUUGUUGGAGCAUUCAUCAACCUUUUUGGUAGUGUUGCCAUAAACUUUGGGACGAAUCUUCUAAAGUUGGGUCAUAAUCAGAGAGAAAGGCUUUCUAUGCUAGACAAUGAUGGAGUCAAUGGAAAGAUUGCCCUGAAGCCAAUCAUAUACUUCCAGACUUGGAGAGUUGGUAUUCUUUUUUUUUCUCUAGGGAAUUGCCUAAACUUCAUUUCCUUUGGAUAUGCUGCCCAGUCACUUCUUGCAGCAUUGGGAUCUAUUCAGUUUGUAUCAAACAUUGCAUUUGCGUACUUUGUUUUGAACAAGAUGGUGACUGUCAAGGUGUUGGUAGCCACAGCUUUUAUUGUCCUUGGAAAUAUCUUUCUUGUAGCUUUUGGCAACCUCCAGUCACCUGUUUAUACACCAGAGCAAUUGGUAGAGAAGUACAGUAACAUUAUCUUCCUUCUUUAUUGCCUCAUUUUGGCCUUGAUUGUCGCUAUUCAUCAUUCAAUUUACAGGAGAGGAGAGCUUAUGCUUGCUGUUUCGGUAAAUGACCUCAGUUCCUAUUGGCACAUGUUGCUGCCUUUUUCCUAUGCUGUCGUCUCUGGUGCUGUGGGAUCAUGCUCGGUGUUGUUCGCAAAAUCCUUGUCCAAUUUGUUAAGAUUAACCGUGUCCAGUGGUUAUCAGUUGCAUAGCUGGUUCACAUACUCCAUGCUUCUUUUAUUUCUUAGUACAGCUGGAUUUUGGAUGGCAAGGUUAAAUGAAGGAUUGUCACUAUUUGAUGCUAUUCUUAUUGUCCCAAUGUUUCAGAUUGCUUGGACCUUCUUCUCCAUUUUUACAGGAUUUGUUUACUUCCAAGAAUAUCAAGUCUUUGAUGCCAUCAGGACAACAAUGUUUAUACUAGGAAUGAUAUCUGUGUUCAUAGGAAUUUCUUUGCUUGCACCCGAUGAACCAAAAGGUGGUGAAGUAAAGGAUUCUUCUUUGGUGUCUUCUAUGGAUUCAAGCAUUGUGACUGAUAUGGACAGGAUGGUGAAGCUGCCUUGUGAAGAAACAGAAAUUAGAGACACUAGAUCAUUUGGGAAAGCAAUGAUGACAAAAGCUACAUCUAUAAUAACCAAGGCAAAGGCUGCUUGUAUGCUGUCAUUAGGUCUAGGAGAGGACUCAAUCAGUGCAUCUUCAGUUCUAGCAAUGCCUAUGGUGUCAUCAAGGAUGACAGGAUUUAGGGGAGCAGGUUUUGAUCGGACCAAGUUUUUAUCCUUGAGAAGUCCUGGUUGGAGUAAGAUUUCAAUGAAUGAGGAUGAUGCAGAAAUGAUGGAGACGAGUUCAAUACUCUCAUAGAACUGUGGGUAGGGGUUGCAAUGCAUCAGGAUGUCUGUUAGGAAGAACAUGAUUUUUUCCUCUUUUUAAUUUCUAUUAUUCUUGUAUCUUGUUUGUAUAGAAAUUAUAUUUCUUGUUUUUCUUUCUUUCUGGGCUUUAUAUGGUUUCAAGGUGUAUAUUAUCAAAGUAAAGGCACCACACUUAAAGGUUUUCUUUUUCUUAGUUUCAGUUAUGUUAUUCUGUUUCCUUGUUGUUAAUCAAGAAGCCAUUUUUUCUUCUCUAAUGAAAAACAAUGGCAUGAAGACUGUUAUUUAAUUUUACUUUAUAACAUAGUAAUAAUGCCCAUUUUAAUAUUCAAAUUUCAAAGUCCAAUUUUUUUGGUGGCAAAAAAAAUCGUGUGUUUACAUCUGCAUAAUUACUCCUCAAAGCUGCCAAAAAAACUUUUUUAACAAUUUGCAAAAUCUUCAGAUAUACAUUUUAUGCACAGAAAAAUACCUUGGAGUGGUAUGAUGCUAAAUCUUUCUUAACAACUUGCACAUUUGGUAUUCUGAUGUCCAGAUCCUGUUUGCACAGUGAGAUUUUACUCAACAUAGAGUUUCUGGUAAUUUUUAUUAGGGGUGAUCUCCCUCUCUAGCUAUCCAGGGCUUCUUGGGAGGGGAGACUCAAACUGGCAUUCUACACUUGCAGCCCAAGGUUUUGUCAUCCCACCAAGGAAUGACCCCUUCUUUUUUUCCAUAACAGUCAAGAACUAGAAGCUAUUUAGAGCUAUGGGGCACUUAUUUUGACUCUUGAAGUCUUUGCACUUGGUUCUGUUUGAGACACUUUGGCAGCCCAAGAAAAAGCAAGUAGAGAGAAAAGUUUGAAAUAGGUAAAGAGGAAUUGCCUUUCAAACUCCUUUAUUCCCCAACUUAAAGUGAUUCUCCAAUACCUUAUCACACAUUUGGAUUCUCAACGCUAUUGUUCCUCCUCUUAUAACUGCUUCUUGCAUAUUGGAAAUCAAAUGUAGGAUUGGGAAGUAAGCUGUAGAAGAAGCUGUGGGCUAUGGGUACCCUAGAUCUAACCAUACAGGUUUUCAACCUUUCCCCCAAGGUUACUGUUGCUGACCUUAAUAGUUUCUUAUCCUAUUGUGGAACUAUUGAGGAUAUUAAGUUGCUCAGAAAUGAAGACCAAUCACAGUUGGCUUUUGUGACUUUCCGUGAGCCAUAUGCCCUGCAAACUGCUCUUCUCCUAAAUGGUGUUGUCAUCGUAGACUAUCCAAUUCGUGUACUACCUCUACAAAAUUUAGCAACUCCCAUUUCUGAUAGGACGAAUAAUGGAAGCCAGAAUCAGUGGCAAGGUGUCUUUCCGAUGGUACAGUCUGUUGUGCAAUCUGUAGCUUCACAUGCAUACGAAACUUUGAACAGGACCAAGGAUGGGUUAGAAGCGAAAUACAGACUCUCAGAGAAAGGCAGAAUGCUGGGAGAACAGACAAGAUUGGCGAUAUCUGCAGCUGAGCAGAGUGCAGUGAGGGUUGGAUCAGUAAUCAUGGAUAACGAGUAUUUCUCGGCGGGUGUACCUUGGCUAUCUAGUGUACUAGACAAGACAGCCAAGCGUGCUGCUGAACUGGGGGGUCAUGACAAGAGAAGAAACCCUAACUCAAGGAAACAGAAAUGACAAUAGGGUAGUGAUAGUGAAGACUUAGCACAAAUAUGAAUCAAGGUUUUUAAUAGAAUAUAUAAAACUAAGGGGAAGGCGACCUGCUGUAUGCAAGGGGAAGGCUGUAAGGGGGAAGCCUGGAUUUCCUAAAAAGCAAAAACCUGCGAAUACUCUGAGAGCGCAACAUCCAGCUGCACAUUGGGAUUAUAUGUUGUAUAUAUGUAUGUUAAAUUCAUAGGGGAUGUUGAUGUGCAACUGGAUACUUAGCUCUUUACUCUUAAGAGUGUUUGCACGGUUUUUUCUUUCAGGAAACCUUGAAGAAAAUACUUGGCAUAUCCUGUUGUGCGCUUCUUGAGCCCUAAAAUGUCAGUGUCUGUGUCCUACUUUUGAAGAUGCUUUUGCCCUUUAUCUGGUUGAUAUUGAUAAUAUUAAAGAUAUUUUAUUCAUGAA